CGCAGGCAAAAGCCCCAACCCCCUUACUCCUCCCUCACCCCCCUCUCACCCCAACCCACAUGCUCACCGAGGGCAAACCCAACUUCCUGGACGCAUACCGAGAUCUUAUCUAUUUAAAGUCAUGGAACAAAAUGCCUUGAGAAAUUUUAAGGACUUCCUCCAAUUAUACAACUAUAUGUCACAUACUUGUUUCCAAAAUUGUGUCAACAAUUUCUAUUCAAGAGAUCUAGCCAGUGAUGAGGAAAAUUGUGUAGACUUGUGUGCUAAGAAGCAUAUAAAAGUGAAUCACAAAGUAAUGGGAGUCUUCAUGGAGCUGCAGCCAAUGAUCAUUAAUAAACGAAUGGAAGAAAUGAACCAAGCAGCUUUGCAAAUUGAACAAGCAGCAGCUGGAGCUCUGCCGCAAGACCAAGUUGUAUCUGCUUAAUAUUUAUGAACAUUAUUGAUAAGGUUGUUAUAGAUAG